GGCUUCCUAACUUAUCGUUAAGUCUAUACAUCUUCUCAAGGUCGCCUGUCCUUCGGUUUUUGCAGACUAUCCCUCCUUCGUCGCAAUGUCUUCAUGGGUAGACAAUAUCCACGUGGGAUGUAUCCUUCGCCCUCGCGAUGAUAUUGAAAAGAAACGUUCCGGAGUUGCAUGCGAAUGGAACAAACUUUCGGAUCACCGAGGUGUAAAUCCGGCGCUUCGCAGAUGUCCAGAAAAUUGUCACCAGGAUGUUGCAGGCCAAGAACAUCCCAUCAUUGUCCUCCAAAAGGAAGAUAACAUGAUUCUUUAUGUCGCGAUGACUGGCAAACCAAUAUAUCAUGAUCAAGAGGGUACACAAUACUCUCCUAUCGGACACUACUUUCCUCCUGGUAAUGGUAUACCACAUCCUGCAAGAUUUCGGUCCCGUUAUUGGCUUUUAAUCCCAAUCCUUGGAACGAGAGGACGAUCAAUGCAGCCCGCCAGAGUGCCAAUCGUAGACUCAUAGAACUGGAAAAAUAUUCCGAACUACGAUUACCACACAUCUAUUUUCAGAAAGCAGAUACAUUCAAAGCUUUUGGAGGUCAUAACACGUCAGCUUCAGAAUACAGGUUGGAAGAGGGAUCUUAUCAUAGACUUAUGGAUAGAUUGGGGCUAAAUGCUAGCAAUUAUACUUCUGAUAUGCUCCCAAGAACAUUAACUAGACACAAUCCAACAGUAUCGGUUCCGACUUCGCUGUCAUCUCAAGCGUCAGCGUCACCAACGCCACAAAAUCUGUCUCAUGAUUACUACCCUCCUGGACGCUGGCGAAACGGUCCGUCACAGUCUGAACGACGCCGAAAUACUAGGAAUAGAGAUUAUAAAUUAUCGAACGAUGACUUACCCAGCUGGAUGACAACACUUCGCAAUUGGAUACGGCCAUACGAUGGAAAGGAUAGAAAUAUGAAGAGUUAUAAGAGUUGCAAAAUUCAGAAGAUCUCGGAUCCUGUCGCAGAAGACUUGCUAUUAUCUGAUCAGGCUAAUGAACCUCCUCUGCCUUAUGUUAUCACACUUCAAUGUUCCGUCUGAUGUAGCGCACACCCCCAUUCCGCUCGAAUAUUUAUUGGAAUUUACUAGCACAGUCGUUACAAUGAAUAUUUCUUGAUUCUUCCUCAUGUAUUUUUCCUCUUGCAUUUAUUUUAGUGUGCGCAAUGGACCAGUACUUCGGCGUUAGACAUUAGAGGCGGUCACAAGAAUAAAAUGCAGUACUAUCUCA